UAUCCACCUUUUCUGUUUGUUGUGCAAACAAAUUAAUUUUUUUUGUAUUUAUUUGUAAAUAAAUUUCGUAAACAACAAGAUAAUUACAACGCGCGGAGUCAUGGAAGAGUACGAAAUUGCUUAUGAAGAAAAUGGACAGAUAUUCUAUUCAGCAGAAAAGAUUGUUCUCAAAAACAAAUUAACUGGCGAACUAGUUGCAGCAGUGUACGAUGACAAGAGCACCCAUGCCCUUCUGACCUUAUACGCCGAAAACCAGAAUAAAGUCGGGAAAAUUCCAUUGAAUCCAUUUAGAACCGAAAAAGAAAUGUGGACGUAUAUUGCCCAUGAAUAUUGCAGGACUCAAAAGACUUGUUCUACACCUCAACAACUUGAAGAACGCUUUCGCAAUGUCAUCAGAAGAACCAAAGAUAGUCUUAAUGGAAUGGGUAGCAAGAUAAGGAUACCUCUGGAAGCGGUGGUCGGUUUUCGUCCUCAUCCUUGGAACGCUCGAAAUCGACUUUCUGCAGUGGCAACAACAAAUCCAGCAAAAACAAGACAAAAAUUAAUCGCUGAACAGAUUUUCGAUCGAUUAAUGCAAAACAGUGAAAACCGUUUCAGAAUAAGAUUGGCAAAUAAGGAACGAAGGCACAAGGAAAUGUUAAAACGGUUAACUGAACUCCAAAAUAGUUUGGCAAAUAAACUUACUAAUAAUUUGCGGACAUGACUCCUAAUUUUAAUAUAGAGAGUUAAAAGUUUUGUUAUAAAUCUUUAAAAAAAUAACAACCUAUGAAAGAAUCAACAAGGUUCUCAAAGAAGUUAAGUUUUUUUUUUUUGUAUUAGUAUAUUUUUGUAUGUUACAUUUUCCUUAAUGCCUAUAGAAAGGUAUAAUAAAUCUCAUGACCACAUUAAAACUUA